AUGCCUCUCCAUCUGUACUCUCUCCCUGUUAUCCUUUCCUCACACUUCUCCUUCUGUUCUCAUUUCCUUUCAUCUUUUCCCAACACAUAUUAUGUUGUCUCUCAAUUUCAUACAUUUCUCUUCAUCUUUUCUCUCUCCCUGUCAAACUUUCCUGACACCUCUCCCUUUGUUCUCUCUUCUGCAACACGUUUUAUCUUACUCUCAUUUACACCUCUCCCUCUCUUUAUAUUUUUGUCAUACUCUCAUUUGUUCUCAAUGACACUCCCUCUAUUCUCUCUUCCUGAGACUGUUCUGACACCUCUCCCUGUUCUCUUUCAUUCUUAUACUUUCCUAACCCCUCUCCGUCUUAUAUCUACCUCUGUUCUCUCUUCCUCUUAUCCUUUCCAGAUGCCUUCUUGUUCUGUUCUCUCUUUCUCUCAUCCUUUCUUUCUAUCUUCCUCUCAACAUUUCCACACCUUCUUCAUCUGUUCUCUCAUCCUGUCAGCCCUUCCCGACAAUACUCCCUAUGUUCUCUCAUCAUUUCCAGACACCUUCUUCAUCUGUUCUCUCAUCCUGUCAACCCUUCCUGACACCACUCCCUAUAUUCUCUCAACAUUUCCAGAUACCUUCUUCAUCUGUUCUCUCAUCCUGUCAACCCUUCCCGACACCACUCCCUAUGUUCUCUCAUCAUUUCCAGACACCUUCUUCAUCUGUUCUCUCAUCCUGUCAGCCCUUCCCGACACCACUCCCUCUGUCCUCUCAACAUUUCCAGAUACCUUCUUCAUCUGUUCUCUCAUCCUGUCAACCCUUCCCGACACCACUCCCUAUGUCCUCUCAAAAUUUCCAGAUACCUUCUUCAUCUGUUCUCUCAUCCUGUCAACCCUUCCUGACACCACUCCCUAUGUCCUCUCAACAUUUCCAGAUACCUUCUUCCUCUGUUCUCUCAUCCUGCCAACCCAUCCCGACACCACUCCCUAUAUUCUUUCAUCAUUUCCAGAUACCUUCUUCAUCUGUUCUCUCAUCCUGUCAACCCUUCCCGACACCACUCCCUAUGUUCUCUCAUCAUUUCCAGACACCUUCUUCAUCUGUUCUCUCAUCCUGCUAACCCUUCCCGACACCACUCCUUAUGUUCUCUCAUCAUUUCCAGAUACCUUCUUCAUCUGUUCUCUCAUCCUGUCAGCCCCUCCCGACACCACUCCCUAUGUCCUCUCAACAUUUCCAGAUACCUUCUUCCUCUGUUCUCUCACCCUGCUAACCCUUCCCGACACCACUCCUUAUGUUCUCUCAUCAUUUCCAGAUACCUUCUUCAUCUGUUCUCUCAUCCUGUCAGCCCUUCCCGACACCACUUCCUAUGUCCUCUCAACAUUUCCAGAUACCUUCUUCAUCUGUUCUCUCAUCCUGUCAGCCCUUCCCGACACCACUCCCUAUGUCCUCUCAACAUUUCCAGAUACCUUCUUCAUCUGUUCUCUCAUCCUGUCAACCCUUCCCUACACCACUCCCUAUGUCCUCUCAACAUUUCCAGAUACCUUCUUCAUCUGUUCUCUCAUCCUGUCAGCCUUUCCCCGACACCACCCCUAUAUUCUCUCAUCAUUUCCAGAUACCUUCUUCAUCUGUUCUCUCAUCCUGUCAACCCUUCCCGACACCACUCCCUAUGUCCUCUCAACAUUUCCAGAUACCUUCUUCAUCUGUUCUCUCAUUCUGUCAGCCUUUCCCGACACCACUCCCUAUAUUCUCUCAUCAUUUCCAGAUACCUUCUUCAUCUGUUCUCUCAUCCUGUCAACCCUUCCCUACACCACUCCCUAUGUCCUCUCAACAUUUCCAGAUACCUUCUUCAUCUGUUCUCUCAUCCUGUCAGCCUUUUCCCGACACCACUCCCCUAUAUUCUCUCAUCAUUUCCAGAUACCUUCUUCAUCUGUUCUCUCAUCCUGUCAACCCUUCCCUACACCACUCCCUAUGUCCUCUCAACAUUUCCAGAUACCUUCUUCAUCUGUUCUCUCAUCCUAUACCUUCUUCAUCUGUUCUCUCAUCCUGUCAACCCUUCCCGACACCACUCCCUGUGUUCUCUCAUCAUUUCCAGACACCUUCUUCAUCUGUUCUCUCAUCCUGCUAACCCUUCCCGACACCACUCCUUAUGUUCUCUCAUCAUUUCCAGAUACCUUCUUCAUCUGUUCUCUCAUCCUGUCAGCCCUUCCCGACACCACUCCCUAUGUCCUCUCAACAUUUCCAGAUACCUUCUUCCUCUGUUCUCUCAUCCUGCUAACCCUUCCCGACACCACUCCUUAUGUUCUCUCAUCAUUUCCAGACACCUUCUUCAUCUGUUCUCUCAUUCUGUCAGCCCUUCCCGACACCACUCCCUAUGUCCUCUCAACAUUUCCAGAUACCUUCUUCAUCUGUUCUCUCAUCCUGUCAGCCUUUCCCGACACCACUCCCUAUAUUCUCUCAUCAUUUCCAGAUACCUUCUUCAUCUGUUCUCUCAUCCUGUCAACCCUUCCCGACACCACUCCCUAUGUCCUCUCAACAUUUCCAGAUACCUUCUUCCUCUGUUCUCUCAUCCUGCCAACCCUUCCCGACACCACUCCCUAUGUUCUCUCAUCAUUUCCAGACACCUUCUUCAUCUCUUCUCUCAUCCUGUCAACCCUUCCUGACAUCACUCUCUAUGUUCUCUCAUUCUUUCCCAGCACCUCUCCUUCUUUUCUUUCAUCCUUUCCAGAUCAUUCUCUCUCUGUUCUCACUUCCUGUCAUCCUUUGCAUCCUCUCCAUCUGUCUCCCCCCUCACUACCGUCCAUUCUCCUUCUUUUUGACUAUUCUUCAUUUGCUAUCUCCCUCCCACCUUUUCCCAACAUAUCUUUCACGGUUCUCUCUUUCUCUCAUUCUUUCUCAGUGACUCACCAUCUCUUCUCCCACUCUCAUUUUUUCUUUUCUCAAAAUAUCUCUCUGUCUCUCUCUCUUCUACUCAUUUCCCAAUAUAUAUCUCACUGUUUUUUCUCUCAUCCUUUCUUACAGGGACAGACAUUUCUAUCUGCUCUCUCUCUCUCUCUCUCUCUCUCACUGUCAUUUGUUUGCUUUCAAUAUCUCUCCAUUCAUUCUUCUUCUCUCUCUCUCUUUCUUUAUGCCUCUUCAUCUAUUCUCUCUCUUCUCUCUCUCAGACUUCUUAUAUUCCACACCAUCUUUUUCUUGCCUAUCAUUGAUGUCUUUCUAUCCUUUCUCUUUCUUCCUUUCUUUCUAUUCAUUCUCUCUUUCUCAACAUCUUUCCAUCUUUUCUCUCUAUCUCACAUUGCUCUGAUGUCUUUCAAUCUGUUCUUUCUCUCAACCUUCUCCGAUAUCAUUUUGUCAGCUCCCUCUUUCUUUCUCUUUGCUCCCCUUUCCUUGUGUCUUUCCCUCUGGUCUCCCUCCCUCAUCUUUCUCCAACAUCCUUACACCAGUUCUCACUUUCUCUCUCAUUUUCUCUGUUUUAUCUCUCUCUCUCUCUCUCACACACACACUCUCCUGAUUACUUCCUGUCUGCUCUUCAUCUCUCACCCUUCUCUGAUAUCCUCCUAUCAGUUCUCUCUUUCUCUCACAAUUUCCUGUUUUCUUUCUCUGUGUUCUCUCUCUCCCACAUCAUUUUCAAAAUGUCUUUCCAUCUAUCCUCUCUUUCUCAACCUUCCACAACAUCUUUCAUUCAGUUCUGUCUCUACUCCAUCCUUCCUUGAUUUCUUCCCCUUUGUUCUCCCCCUCUCGUCCUUUUGGAAAAUCCUUUUCAUCCAUUCUCCCUGUCACAUCCGUUCUCUCUCUCCCUCACUCUUUAUCCAUUUGAUCACCCUUUCUUAUUAUUUCCCAAUAACUCUCUGUUCCUUCUUCCACUCUUAUCCCUCCUCAUCACCUCCCUAUCUGUCCCCCCUUCUCUCAUUCUGUCUCGACCUCUCUUAA